ACGCCUCAGUUCCAAUCACUCCUCGCCACGUGGCCCACUUCCUGGGUCCAGUGGCCUCGGCGUCUUCCUUUCGGUUUAAAAGCGCCCAUGCUCAGCUCAGGUCGGUUCUCCCCAAAACCCUGUUUUUAGGGUUUUGCUUUCUCACUUCACUCAUGGGCCUCAAUAUGUUUCGCUGGGAUUUCCUCUUCGUUUUUCUUGUCAUUCAGAUGCCUGUGAUCAGUACGACGCCGCAUUUGGGGUCUGGUCCUCACAUAGCUGAUGUCAAUAUUCUGUUGCCUCCCAAAAUGACUUAUCCCGUUGAGUAUCUUCUUCAAGGAAGUGGCGGUUGCUUCAAAUGGUCAUGGGAUCAUCAUGAUAUUUUAUCUGUUCUACCUGAAUAUAAUGUAAGCAGUCAAUGUUCAACAAGUGCCAGGCUGAAAUCCAUUGCUACUUAUAACGGUCGAAAAGAGACUGCUGUUUAUGCUGCCGACAUACACACUGGGAUUGUAGUUCGUUGCAAAGUUUUCAUUGAUAAUAUAUCCAGGAUCCAGAUAUUUCAUAACUCUAUUAAACUUGACUUAGAUGGGCUUGCUACUCUCCGUGUUCGUGCCUUUGAUAGUGAAGAAAAUGUGUUCUCAUCAUUAGUGGGCUUACAGUUCAUGUGGCAGCUGAGGCCUGAAACUGAUGGAUUGCCUCCUCACCUUGUCCACGUUCCUUUAAAGGAUUCUCCCUUGAGUGACUGUGGUGGAUUAUGUGGGGACCUAAGUGUUCAAAUAAAACUUGAAGAUGGUGGUGCGUUUUCUGAUUUGUAUGUGGUAAAAGGAAUUGGAAUUGGCCACGAGGUUGUUUCUGUGCAUUUGCUGGAGCCACAAUUUGAGCACAUGGCUGAUAAGAUUGUUUUAACCGUAGCAGAAGCCAUGUCACUUGAUCCUCCCUCACCUGUUUUCAUUCUCAUUGGUGCUGCUGUUCGCUAUACUUUGAAAGUCAUUCGGGGGAAUAUUCCUCAAGUGGUUGCUUUACCAUCUCCAUAUCACAGAUGGUCUGUUUUGAACUCCUCAGUUGCUCAAGUGGAUUCUCAGAUGGGUCUAGUCAAUGCGCUGAGCUUAGGAGUGACCACUGUCACUGUUGAAGACACCAGAGUUGCUGGCCACAUACAAAUGUCAUCUCUCCAUGUUGUCUUGCCUGAUACUUUAUGUUUGUACAUAUUACCUCUAUCCCUUUCUGAUGAUCCUUUAGAAGGAGCAAAAUCUAUUCCAUCUGGGGCACGCUGGUAUGCGUUUUCUGGUCAACAAUAUCUCAUUCAAAUGAAGGUUUUUUCAGGAGGACCUGGUGGCCAAGAAGUUUAUAUUACUGAGAGUGAUGAAGUGAGCUUGCAAUACAACCAAUCUAUAUACUGGAAGGCUUUCUUGGUGUCAGAUAGGAUUGCUGUCAAGCAUGACUGGUGGAAUUCCAGAAUCUUGAAAAUGACAUCAGAGGGACUGGGAAAAUUGACAGCUUCUUUAAGUUAUUUUAGUAGGCAUCCUGGAAGAAAGGAGGUUCUCAAGGUUGUUCAAGAAGUCAUGGUUUGUGAAAAAGUGAAAUUCAGCUUCGACAAAAGAAGUGCUGUUUCUGAAAGAAUUCUCCUUCCCUGGGCUCCUGCUGUUUAUCAGGAGGUGGACCUAAAGGCUACUGGAGGUUGUGCAAAAUCAUCCAGUGAUUAUAAAUGGUUUUCUUCAGACAUGGCUACUGUCUCUGUAUCUGCUUCUGGUGUUAUUCAGGCAAAGAAGCCUGGUAAAGCUGCUGUUAAAGUAGUUUCAAUUUUUGAUCCAUUCAAUUAUGAUGAGGUGGUUGUUGAAGUUGCUCUCCCUUCAUCUAUGGUUAUGCUGCAAAACUUUCCUGUAGAGACUGUUGUAGGAUCACAACUUCAAGCUGCUGUGACAAUGAAAGCAUCAAAUGGUGCCUAUUUCUACAGAUGUGAUGCUUUCAGUUCAUUUGUAAGGUGGAAAGCUGGAAGUGAGUCUUUCAUGAUUGUCAAUGCAACAGGGGAGACUCCUGUCCUGGACAAGCUGGAAAGUGUUGAGCCUUAUGCAUCAGUAUAUGGUCCUCCAUGUGCAUGGACGUAUGUAUAUGCUUCUAGCGCUGGUCGAGCUAUGCUGCAUGCAACGCUGACCAAAGAAUAUCAACACCAUGAUCAUCCUUUUCAUGGCCCUAUUGUUUUACAAGCAUCUUCACGUAUAGGAGCCUAUCUGCCACUUGUUCUGCGUCAGGCAGGUGACGGAAACCAAUUUGGUGGUUACUGGAUCAAUACCGCUCAAGCAGAAGCUCAUAGUCAGUUCGAAAAUUUGGAUGAUUUGUUUCUUGUUCCUGGAACACAUUUAGAUGUCAUGCUUGUUGGAGGACCUGAAUUGUGGGACAAAAGUGUUGACUUUAUUGAAACUGUGGAUGAGCAUGCUCGUCUUAAAGAUGGAGUUCUUGUGCAUAAAGUAUCUAGCGGCUAUGGGAGUUUGUAUAGAGUUUUAUGCCAAAUUUUAGGAACCUAUAAAAUUGCUUUCAAACGUGGUAACUUGGUUGGAGAUGACCAUCCUCUGCCAGCAGUAGCAGAAGUGGAAUUGUCACUUACAUGUAGCUUUCCUUCAUCUAUCACACUAAUUGCUGAUGAACCUGUGAAUGAACCUGGUGUUAUAUGGGCUGCGACUCAAGCUGAUCGCAAUCCAGAGCGAAUUCGUGUCACCCCUAUUACUGUGGCAAAUGGGCGCACAAUUCGAAUUGCUGCAGUUGGAAUUAGUAACUCAGGAAAAGCUUUUGCAAAUUCAUCUUCUCUUUGUUUGAAGUGGGAAUUGAGCAAUUGUGAUGCACUGGCGUUUUGGGAUGAUUCCUAUGAUUUAGGAGGGUCCAGUUCCGGUUGGGAGAGGUUUUUGAUCUUGCAAAAUGAAUCCAGACUGUGCAUUGUUCGUGCAACUGUUAUCGGUUUUGCUGGUACCGUGAGUGGUCAUGUAUCUGCUCCGCUGCUUGAGAGCUCAGAGAAUGUUCUUACAGAUGCUGUACGCUUACAGCUUGUUUCUUCUCUAAGAGUUACCCCAGAGUUCAAGUUAUUAUUUUUCAAUUCAGAUGCUAAGGCAAAUCUCUCAAUUACUGGAGGAAGCUGUUUUCUGGAUGCUGUUGUGAAUGAUUCUCGAGUAGUAGAUGUGAUUCAGCCCCCUCCAGGUUUACAAUGCUUACAGUUGAUUGUUGCUCCUAAAGGGUUGGGUACUGCACUCGUGACAGUUUAUGAUAUUGGUCUUGCUCCUCACCUUUCAGCUUCUUCUGUGGUUCAAGUUGCAGAUGUUGAUUGGAUAAGGAUUACCUCGGGAGAAGAGAUAAGCCUCAUGGAAGGAAGUGUGCAAUCUAUUAUUGUGAUGGCUGGAGUUGAUGAUGGAAGCACUUUUGAUGCUUCUCAGUAUGUUUACAUGAAUAUUCAGGUUCAUAUUGAGGACCAUAUAGUUGAUCUCGUGGAUGAUGAUAAUGAUAUCUCAAGUAUUGGUGGUGGAUAUGUUAAUUCCCCAAAGUUUAUGAUUUUGGCUAAACAUCUUGGUGUUACAAUUCUCUAUGUCAGUGCUAGACAGGCAUCUGGAUAUGAAAUAGUGAGUAAUCAAAUUAAGGUGGAAGUCUAUGCACCACCAAGAAUACAUCCUCCUGAUAUUUUCCUGGUUCCAGGUGCAGCUUAUGUGCUUAAUGUGAAAGGAGGGCCACAAAUUGGUGUAGUUAUAGAGUAUGCUAGUUUGGAUGAUCGGAUUGCAACUGUCAACAAAUCUUCUGGACGGCUGUCUGCAAUUUCACCUGGGAAUUCUACCUUAGUUGCCACAGUUUAUGGUAAGGGAGAUACUGUUAUUUGCCAAGCAUAUGGCAGAAUUAAAGUAGGAGUCCCUUCUUUGGUGACAUUGAAUGUACAGAGCGAGCAACUUGAUGUUGGCCGUGAGAUGCCAAUCUUUCCAUCAUUGCCCCAGGGUGAUUUGUUUUCCUUUUAUGAGCUCUGCAAGAAUUACAAGUGGACUGUAGAAGAUGAAAAGGUUUUGAGUUUCCAUAUGGCAGAGCACAUUCGUAGUGACAGAUAUGGGCUUCCUUCUUCUGGUUCAAAGGAAAUUAAACUCCCUGGGCAUUUGGAUGAGAAGGACCUUGGAUUUAUCAAUAUGUUGCAUGGAAGAUCGGCAGGCAGGACAACUGUUGCAGUUUCAUUCAAUUGUGAUUUUAUUUCUUCUGGCCAUUCACAGUCAAGAUCUUACAGUGCGUCUAUGUCGAUAUCAGUGGUCUCUGAGCUUCCUCUUGCUCUUGGGGUUCCCAUUACCUGGGUUCUUCCUCCCUAUUAUACUACAUCAAGUCUUUUGCCUUCCUCAUCGGAAUCAUAUGGCCAAUGGGAUUUGAGUCGCAAAGGAACUAUUACUUAUUCUUUAUUGAGAAGUUGUGGUGGUAAGAAUGAAGAGGUGCAGAAGGAUGCUAUUUCAAUUGACAGGGAUAGAAUUAAAACAACAGAGAGCAAUAAUCUUGCAUGCAUUCAGGCAAAAGAUCGCACUACUGGAAAAACAGGGAUUGCUUCUUGUGUUAGGGUUGCUGAGGUGGCUCAAAUAAGAAUAACCCCCCAAAAGUUCUCAUUCCAUGUCAUUGAUCUUGCUGUUGAUGCUGAAGUGAAACUUUCAAUAAACUUUUGUGAUGUGCUAGGAAACCCUUUCCAUGAAGCAUUUAAUGUGAUUCCCUUGGAUGCUGAAACUAAUUAUCCUGAUAUUGUCUCCAUUAAUAGCACAGGUGAUGGCUAUGGGAAUAUCCAUCUCAAGGGCAUACGCCAUGGUAGGGCUCUGCUGCGAGUAUCAAUUAACAGUAGUCCACAUAAAUCUGACUAUGUGCUGGUCUCAGUUGGUGCUUAUUUAUCUCCUCGGAACCCCGUCCUUCACCUUGGAGGUCAUCUCAACUUCAGCAUAGAAGGAUUAAAAGAUAAAGUAUCUGGCCAGUGGUUGAGUGGCAAUGAAAGUGUUAUAUCUCUAGAUGUACUAUCUGGAGAAGCUCAAGCAGUUGGGGAAGGUACAACACAAGUGUUCUUUGAAUGUUCAAGUUUGAAGCUGCAGACAACAGUUACAGUGCAAAAGGGGAAGAUUGUUCUUGUUGAUGCUCCAAUGGAGACCUUAACAAAUGCCCCUAUCCCUGCAAAAGGAUAUAAUUUCUCUGUGAAGUUCAGUAGUGAUACCUAUGGCCAUGAUCUAGAAGGCUUCAGGAAUGAUAUGGGUGUCCUCUUUGACUGUAGGGUGGAUCCACCUUUUGUCGGGUAUGCAAAACCCUGGAGGGAUUUUGGCACUGGUAAAUCAUAUUGCCUCUUCUUUCCUUACUCUCCAGAGCAUCUGGCACGGUCUGUUCCGAAGUCAAAGGACAUGAGACCAUAUAUUUCUCUUUCCAUCAGUGCUUCAGUGCAAGAAACCAACCAUGUCUCAGGAUCUGCAUCGGCCCUUUUUGUUGGUGGGUUUUCCAUCUUGGAAAUGGGCAAGAAUUUAGUGCAGUUGAAUUUGACAGCAGGCUCCAACAAGACCAUAAUAACCAUUUUGGGGAAUACAGAUGUUGAUAUCCACUGGCAUGAGCGGGAUUCUAUAAUGAUCAGUCCUGUGCAUAAAGAAGACUUUGGGAUUGGUGGGCUUGCAAAAUAUGAGGUCAAAGUGCUACAGGCUAAGAAAUUCAAAGAUAAAGUGGUGAUCACACUCCCAGCCAAUGGCCAAAGAGUUGAACUAGAUGUAAGCUACGAUCCAGGAGAAAGGGCAUACUCAGUAUCCACUGUGAAAGUAACACUAUGGGCAGGCGUGGUUGGUUGUAUUGCUUUGUUGCUAUUGACUCUGGCCAUCUUCAUAUUCUUCCUGGACAGGCCUGACAGAGCUCGGCCAUCCAACCCUCCAGCCAAUUCAAGCAUUGUAGCACCCACAACGCCUGAUCGAAGGAGUCCAGCUGUUCAGAACGAUUCCUCUCCUCGAACACCUCAGCCUUUCGUAGAGUACGUGAGGAGGACGAUCCAUGAAACUCCUUAUUACACACGAGAAGGAAGGAGGAGAAAGAUUUUUAUUGGAGGCUUGGCUAGAGAGACGACUUCUGCACAAUUUAUCAAGCAUUUUGGUAAAUAUGGUGAAAUUACGGAUUCUGUGAUAAUGAAGGAUCGGAAAACUGGACAACCUCGUGGGUUUGGGUUCGUGACUUACGCAGACCUGUCUGUGGUUGACCAAGUCAUCCAAGACACCCAUGUCAUUAAUGGGAAACAAGUAGAAAUCAAGCGGACCAUACCAAAGGGAGCCAUUGGUGCUAAGGAUUUCAAAACUAAAAAGAUCUUUGUGGGUGGAAUUCCAGCAACAGUGACUGAAGAGGAGUUCAAGGACUUCUUCACACAAUAUGGAGAGGUUAAGGACCACCAGAUUAUGCGAGAUCAUUCCACCAGUCGUUCACGUGGCUUUGGAUUUGUUACAUUUGACACAGAGCAAGCUGUGGAUGAUCUCUUGUCCCAGGGGAACAAGCUUGAGCUGGCUGGAGCUCAGGUGGAGAUCAAGAAAGCAGAACCAAAGAAGCCAAACCCACCAGUGCCCCCAUCCAGGCGAUAUUCGGAUUCUAGACCUGGCUUUGGUGGGGGCUUUGGAGAUGCUUAUGCUGGCUUUGGAGGCAGCAGUUUUGGUAAUGGUCCUUAUAGGUCAGGUGGGGCUUAUGGGAGUAGAGCCAGUGCCUAUGCGGGAUAUGGUGGAAGUGAAUUUGGCGGAUAUGGAGGAUAUGGUGGUGGUGGCAGCAGCGGCGGCGGCGGCAUAGGAACUUACAGAGGAGAGCCCCCAUCAUUAGGGUACUCAGGUCGUUAUGGGGGAAGCUUCAAUAGAGGUUACGAUCUAGGAGGUAGCCAUGGUGGGCCUAGCGAGGGCUAUGGGGCAUAUGGCGGUGGAGCUGGCAGCGGCUAUGGAGGUGGCUAUGAUGCCAGCAUUGGUGGUGGCUAUGGAGGUAGCAGCGGAGGUCCCUUCUAUGGAAGUAGAGGGGGUUAUGGUGGUGGAGGGAGUAGUGGCCGGUAUCAUCCCUAUGGAAGGUAGAAAGCAUGGAAAGGGAAGAACCUUUCAACUCAAAUGUAGCAGCAAAGGCAGUUGUCACGAGUCUGUAGCAUUGAGCUCUCUAAAUAUUAGUGUGUUAGCUGUUAUUCCUUGAGGGUACUUCUCUUUUGUGGGUAGAGGGGUGAUAUUUUUCAAGCUCAAGCUUCAUGAAUCCACUAACCCUUUUCUCCACCAGGACUGGACAUAUCUGGGUUUCAUUUGUGUCUGUUGAUUGACAUGAACAAGAUACACAUUCUCUCCUCUUGUUUUCUUCAUAUUUUUUUCCUAAAUUGUAGCAACAACAAAAUGUUAACAUUCAGCCUGGUAUAUUUCUUGACGAGUAACCAAGGAAGAUCAUUGCAGUUAGCCUUUA